AUGGAACAUCGGGCUUCAGUAUCAGUUCAAUUGGAAGAGCAGUGGGUGGACACUAGCAAUCAAUCGAUUAAACGAGUUGAAGAGCAGCUCGGACAGACGUUCAACAUGGGAUCGACAGAAUCACGAGCGGAAGACAUAAACAAUUCAAAUGAGGCUGACAGACCCAAACAAAGUCCAGCUUCCCAGCAAAAACUACCUGAACCCGAUGUUGAAAGUUUAGAUCCAGAAGCAAAUUAUAUUUCAAAAUCAUUAUCCGAUACGGGUAUCUAUCAACAACAUAUUAAACCUGACUACCAAUACAAUAAACACAACGAGUCCAUAUUUGAUGAUGAAAAGUUGUUUCCUUGUUUGCCACCCGACAAUUCUGAGACAAAUUUAGUCAAAUAUGACGAGCAAAAUCCUGAGCUUAUAAACCAUGCCACCCUCCAAGCAUUGAUUGUUCAAAUGACAUCGCCCGAGGUUAUUGAUUACAAUCUUAUAAGUGACUUUUUCCUCACUUAUAGGAUCUUUUCCAAUAGCGUUGACAUAAUGAAUCUAUUAACAACGAGGUUAAUUUGGUCACUACAAUAUAUCAAUUCCGGCACUGAACCGAAUAUCAAGAUUGGAAAACUAGUCUUACUUCGAACGUUUGUGGUAUUGCGGCAUUGGAUCAUCAAUUAUUUUGUUGACGACUUUGAUAACAGCCACCAACUAUGUGACCAAUUUUCUCUGACAAUAAACGGUAUAGUAAUGGAGUCUAAUUUGGUUUGCAGGGACAAUUUCAAAGCUUCAGGAGACUACGUUUAUGUGACAAAAAUCCUUGGUGAAUUAAAGGUGCAUUGGCUAACUUUAUUGAAUAAGUUUUGGCUCCUUGGACUAGAUGUGAAUAACCUUAUGGCGGAGAAUUCUUUAUCAAUGUACACAAUACCUUUGACCAAUGAACUCAAACGCUCCAAAAGACUUUCGAAGUCAAAUACGGAGAUGUCGAUACACACAAAUCCUUCAUAUCGUCGGUCAGCCAUGCUUUCAUUGUACGAUCAGAGAACACAUCAUAAAAUGCUAAUAUUUGAUGACGAUUCUACUCAAGAAGAGAAUCCACAAUUUUCCAUAAAUAACCUUUUACUACACCAUCAAUCAUCUCGUUUGUCGAUAAACAACAAAAUUCAUGAGAUGCAAAAACAAAAGAGAUUGAUCAAAUCGCCCAUUUUUAGUUCUUCAUUUGAAAAUUCAGCAAAAUCCUCCCCCUUCAUCGCACCCGACUUGCUGCAUACUCCACGUACUCCUACAAAUCAUUCACCAAAAAACAAGCGAAUUUUGGCCCAAACUACCAAGCACAAUCGAAUGGAAAUCAAGGACUCAUCUCUAGAUUUGAGAAAAACAAAGGCUGCAAAUUUAAAUGUGACACCUACCAAAAAGGGGAAAACUAAGGCAGGUCCCUACAAUGAAAUUGGAUUCUCGACAAAUGGUAAUGUUAAACUCCCGACAUCAAAAGUUGCUACAAUUAUUCCACCUACACCAGUCAAGAAAAUGGACUGCAAGAUUGUCAAGGAAAGCGUGUUUGGACCUCAACUGAAUGAGACAAAUUUAGCGCCUCCAUUUUUUGAUGGGGAACAUCACGACGAGUUUUCAAGAAAGAAGUCGAUCAAGAAGUUGAUGGAUGGAUGGAAGAGGUCACUUUCGGCCCAUUCACGCAACUCCGAUGCAGAACUCAAGAGUGUUCUGAUACCGCAAAAGGACCAUUCAGUGUCCAAUGCUUCCAAGAAUAAUUUAGAGCAUUUUCUAAACAGUGCUAUGCAUGUGGCGGAUGAGACGAAUAUUGGAAGUCGAGUCGAUAUAUUGAGUGCAAGAAUCGUUGACGAGUUAGAGUACUUGAUACAAUACUACACCAGUUAUUCAAACAAUAGUACAAUUCAUGAAGUUGAUGGUUGUUUUAUUGAUGAAGAUGGCGAUAGAUUUGUGGAUGUUCCAGAGGAGGCUACGAACAGCAAUCAAGAAGUCAACUUGCAAUCUAUCGAAGUUUCAAAUGAUAACGAAGACGAUGUUGAUAUCAAUGAUCUAUCCGAAUUGAACAUUAUCAAGAUUGAUAACCUUAUAAAUGAAAAAGAAGAUGGGCCAGUUCAAACUAUCAAAGUACAAAGGAAUAUAUCUGAAAAUAUACUUGACGAAUUGAAUAUAUCCGGAGAGUCAUUUCAAAAGGCUGCUAGCAUAAACUGGAACGAUGAUGAUGCUGUCGACUUAGAUGCAUCUGCGGAAAGGGAAACUCUUUUACUGCAGGAGCAAUAUGAUGAAUUUCGUGGUCCUAAUGAAUCAAAAGGAAAAGAUGAUCAAGAGUAUGACGCACCCAACUUUAAUUUCCCUCAAUCUACCCAAUCCUUUGAAACGUCUACUAUAUCCACUCCUAGCAAUAUUACACUGUAUGAUGCUGAAGUAGCUGAAUUGGGUAUAGCCAUGAGUCCGCCACCCGAUAAACCAAAGAGAGUGAGCUACAUUGAGGGUGCACAUUCCAGCCUUGUUUAUAACAAAAGAAUCUCCAGAAUAUCACGAAAUUCCACUGGAUCUGGAAUCAGGAGAGAGUCACUAGCUUCUUACCUCAGCUAUGAUUCUGCUUUUUCAAUCACUAACGAUAGCAAUUCAUGCAAGCCGAAUAUCAUGAACACUGGUCUUAGAAAGAAAACUGGAUUCAACAAUCUCAGGGGUGAGGUUGAAGAAGAGGAUGGAUUGGGCCCUUCCAUCAACUUACGGUCGUCACAAAUGUCUCGCCAAACAUCAAAAAGUUCAAAAAAAAGUGUGAGGUUUAGUGUUUUGUGCGCACUUACUGAAUUACCAUUUAAUGAAGUUGAUAGUAUUUCAGACGAGAACCAACAGUUGCGUUAUUCUUCGGCAGAUUUGGCGAAUAGUUCCAUAUUUUCUGUUGCUAUAAAGAACCGACGAGAAUCAAAUAGAGCAGAAUAUGCACAAAAUACAGCAGUGACGGGUUCAUCAGGCAAUUCAAUCGUAAUACCAGGAAUAAGUUCCUAUGCAUUGAAGGAGUUGGCUGCUAUUCCAGAUGAGUCAAUGAGGUCGACUGAAGAUCCUGUUGAAUAUGCAUUUAACAAGUUGGAAGGGAAAACUGCACCGGCUUUCACCCCAAAAAGGAAAGAUGACGAUGAUGCUAGUGAUUUCCAAGUGGAGGAUACGGAAGCUAUACUUAGGCAGAUAAAUGAUGCCAAUUCUGAAGAUGCCAUUGACUCGACUUUCGAUACCACCAAUGUAGCUCCUUUGACACCGAUUAGAAAGCAUGCCACAAUCAAGACUGUUAGUUCUGGUCACCAUUCAACAUCAACUCCAGAAAAAGCCACAAAUAUGGAGGUGUUUGAUUUUCAACAACCAGCCAAGAUAAAUGACCCUGAAGUCACGGAACAUCCGUCACCAAAGAUAAUCCUCGACAAUUACUCCCCCUCAAGUGAUCUCUUGUCGGUCAGGAACAUCAUGGAUAAUAAUGCACACAUUUCAUUUGUCUUAUCUUUUGAUUCAAAGUCUUUGGCAGAUCACUUUACCGUCAUUGAGAAGGAUAUGUUGCAAGAAGUGGAUUGGAAGGAUUUGAUUGAACUAAAAUGGAACAAGAAGUUGACACCAGUGAAUAGUUGGUUAGAGAUAAUAGUCAAUGAUGACUAUUACAUCAAAAACAAAGGAGUCAACUUGGUCAUUGCAAGAUUUAAUCUCAUGGUUAAUUGGAUCAUAUCGGAAAUUCUCCUCACUCAAAGCCAAACUGAACGUAUUCAUAUAAUUUCCCGAUUCAUCCAUAUUGCACAACAUUGUUUGGCUUUGCAAAACUAUGGGACUUUGAUGCAGGUGAUUUUGGCGUUGACAUCGCAAAAAGUGCAAGGGUUCAAAAGCACAUGGCGUAAUUUACCACCAGGAGAUAUAUUGACUUUGAAAACUCUAGAGGAGUUGGCGUCACCAUUGAAGAAUUUCUUGAAUGUUAGAUUGUCUAUAAAUCAUGUCACACCAUCAAAAGGUUGUAUCCCUUUUGUUGGAUUAUACUUAUCCGACUUGACUUUUAACGCCGAAAGACCUAGUUUUGUCAACAAGGAUAGUACCAAUGAUGCUGAUUUAAUCAACUUUUCGAAAUUUAGAACUUCAGUGCACAUUGUCAAGUCGUUAUCACAAUGUAUUGAAUGGUCAAGCAAUUACCAGAUUGAAAUACAGCCUGACUUGUUAUCAAAGUGUUUGUAUAUCAAGUCGUUAGACGAGGAGGAGAUGAAUUAUUGUAUUCUGUAUACAUAUGAUUGA